GAGAAAGCGUGAGAGAUGGAGAUGGGCAAAUGGAUUCAUUUAGAGCUGCGGAACAGGACGCCCUCCGAUGUGAAAGAACUUGUCCUGGACAACAGUCAGUCAAAUGAAGGCAAAUUGGAAGGCCUCACAGAUGAAUUUGAAGAACUGGAAUUCUUAAAUACAAUCAACAUAGGCCUCACCUCAAUUGCAAACUUGCCAAAGUUAAUUAAGAAGCUUGAACUAAGCAGUAACAGAGCCUCAGUGGGCCUAGAAGUAUUGGCAGAAAAGUGUCCAAACUUCAUACAUCUAAAUUUAAGUGGCAACAAAAUUAAAGACCUCAGCACAAUAGAGCCCCUGAAAAAGUUAGAAAACCUCGAGAGCUUAGACCUUUUCACUUACGAGGUAACCAACCUGAACGACUACUGAGAAAAGAUGUUCAAGCUCCUCCUGCAACUCACAUAUCUCAAUGGCUGUGACCCAGAUGACAAGGAGGCCCCUAACUCGGAUGGUGAGGGCUUUGUGGAGUGCCUGGAUGACAAGGAGGAGGAUGAGGAUGAGGAGGAGUAUGAUGAAGAUGCUCAGGUAAUGGAAGACGAGGAGGACGAGGAUGAGGAGGAGGAACAUGAAGAGGAGGACGUGAGUGGAGAGGAGGAGAAGGAUGAAGGUUAUAACAAUGGAGAGGUAGAUGAUGAGGAAGAUGAAGAAGAGCUUGGUGAAGAAGAAAGGGGUCAGAAGUGAAAAUAAGAAACUGAAGAUGAGGGAGAAGAUGAUGACUAA